AUGGCUCCCAAAUUUUCCAAAACGUCGAAAAAGUAAGUAGGGUAUUAAAUAAGCAUUCAAUUACUCCAUAGCCAUUUCAAAAGCAAUCCACUGGGAGCUUGUGCCAGAGGGUUAGAAACUGGAUUUUAGGGUGUGAAAGUGCUUUGUUUAAAAUGGCAAUGCCACAUAUAAUAGUCAUUUACAUAGAUUGGAUAGGUUUAAAAAGGACAGAUAUAUAGGCCUCAAUUUAAUAUUGUUGGUUAAGCGUUUCGAAUUAUUUAAUCUUUUUAGAUAAGUUUAUUUUUUUUAAAUAUAAAAAAAUCACAAAAUAUCUUCUAUAUAAAAAAAUAUAUCCAUAAUCAAAAACUAAAAAAGUAUUAUAACAUUUAAAUAUUUUACACAAUACUAAAUUCUGAAUAUAUUAAAUAAUUUGAAUAUUAAAUCUAUGCAAAGAUCUAAGGGGAUCCAAGAAAGUAUGUUAGUAUUACUUUGCUCUUGUAGAUAUUAGUUUUUAAGUCCAGAACAGGAGAUUGUUACAAAAAAAGUUACAUUUUAUUUUUCAAAUCCACUUUUAUUGCCAAAAAGUUUGCCAUUCAAUGUAAGAGCAAUAACUGAAUGUUAGAGAAGAAUCUCAUAUGUGUCUGUCUCAGGCCCCCUGUAACCAUUCACUGUAAACAUAUUUACCAUCUCUGCUGAUUCACCAUAUCAUGCAUCCACAUCUCUUUCUGUAAAUUAUAUAUUUUUAUCCAGCCUCUUUUCCAGCCUGUGACUUAUGUAGGGUUUCAGUGUAUAUUUAUAUGUAUUAUAGAGCAGAUCUCUCUACAUUCCUUAUUAAAUAUGUGUAGAUUUAAUGUAUGUCUUUCUAUAAUAGGUAGGUUCCCCAGCACAGCCAUUUUAAUCUUUGCAAAGUCUUGUAGAGUGGUUAUAACCACUGUCAAUUCCAUAGGUCUACCGGAUAUUGCUUUCUUCUAAUAAACGUGUCACCAAAAGUGUAUUCAAGUCAUGUGCAUUCAUUUUAAGAUUUUGUGCCCUAAAUAAGCAAUAUUGCAUGUCGUAAUAUUACAUUUUAAUUUACUAAAAUGCAAUCUGGACUAUUUCUUUAAUUUUCGUACAUAAUUACUCAUGUUGCCAAUAGUCAUGGAUUCGUUAUAAAGGACUGAAUCCAGGACAGAAUCCAGCAUAUUGCCAAUAGUCAUGGAUUCGUUAUAAAGGACUGAAUUGUAGCAUCCUACAAUUCAGAUGUUAAUCUCUUAAAAAAACCAAACCUCUCUUUUCAAAUUCCGUUUCUGGCACAUUGUGAAAGAAAUGUAUUUACGUUUAGAGCUGGUAUAACUGCUGUUCAUCCUUUGAAAGCUUUAAUACUGAAGUCAAGAAAAUUGGCCAUAUUCAUCACUCUAGCACAAACCAUCCUACAAUCGUGCCAUCAUGCCUGCUAGUGCACUGAGAAUCUGUCUUGAAAACUGUCAAUUUUGUAGAUAUAAAUUUUGAAUCCUAAUGCCACCUGUUCACUUUCAGGACUGAUCUGACCUGGUCAGAGACCGUGGGUAAGGAUGUCGUUACUCUGUUACAACCACACGAAAUUCUGAGACAGGAGAUGAUACACGGUAAGUGUUAAAAUGAUUCUUCACCAAUAAUAAAGUGUGAUGUGUGUGUAUCUGAGCAUUUUAAUUCUCUCCCAUAUCUCCAGAUAUUUCCUUUAUAACAAAUCCAGGAGAUUGCUUGUGGGCACCAAGGUGACAAACUAUGCCUGAUGUUACUAAACUGUACAGAGUGCCACAUUAUGCAAUCUUUGUGCAAGUGAACUGCAAACAGUGAACUACAAACACCAUUUAUUUUCAUACCUGCUCUGCCCAUGUCCUGCUUAUUCAUACUUGUCAUUUAUUUUUACCUUAUACGAGGGACAAUAUUCUAUUUUAUUACAGCUCUUCUGCCUCCCUCUUCAGCCCAAGUUCCCCCACCAAAGCCCAUUCCCCCCUGAAUUUGAUAUGAGAAUUCUGGGACAAUAGAGCAAUUGGCAAAUUAAUUACAUAAUAAACUAGAAAAGAUAAAAUUUCUGGGGAAAUUGUGUGGAGUGUUCUUGCCUCCACCAGUAGUCUACAACUGAGUGGGCGGAGUAACAGUUAUUAUUUAUUUAUAUAGCACAUUUAAUUGCAAUGUUGUUGCCCAAAGUGCUUCACAGUUACAUUAACCCCUUAAGGACACAGCUUCAGAAGCUUGACUUACGCUUAAUGACACAAGCAAUUUUUGCAUUUUCUUGCUGUUUGCGUUCAACUGCAAUUUGCAUCUCUCUCAUUUAUUGCACCGACACAUAUUAUAUACUGUUUUUUAAAGGACAGAAAGGGCUUUAAUUUGAUAUAACAUAUAUAUAUAUAAAUGCUUACUUAUUAUAAAAAAAAUACAGAAAAAUGCAAAAAAAAUGAAAAAUAUUGUUUUUUUUUACAGUUUUUGCAAUAAUAAUGUGUGCAUAAUUAGUGCAGGUUAAGGAAAGUAAUUAAAAAUAAAUUUAUUUAUUUGUUCUGAUUUACAGAAUAUAUAAUGUGUCUGGGAUUUUAAGUUUUUUUUGGUAGUUACAGGUCACAAAGCACAAGGAGUAAAAUAAACUUUUAAUGUGGAGCGAUUUUAGAAUUUGGUAUGUUUGUCUUGUAAGCUUAAUAGCCAUAAAAGAAAACAAAAUUGCCACACAAAAGUAUAUAUUUAUAUAAAGUAGACAUCACGGGCUAUUUACCUAAGGUUGUUUUGACACUUUCUACGUAGCCAUUUCACCGCCAACCUCUGCUAAAUAUUGGAGUAAAAUUGUGUUCUUUUUGGUUUUUGGCACACAAACUUAUAACAGAGAAAUUCUCGUGUAUAUUUUGUAAAGUUGGUGUGUGCUAUUCCUGUACAAAGUUUUAUUUUGUGUUCAGUUACAUCUGCUGAGUAAAAUGACACCCCAUUGUAUGUCUUUUGCACUAUUUCGUGAAGUUACAGUGCCAUACAGGAUACCUGUCCUUUUCAGUAUUCACAGUAGAAUUUUGAGAGAUGAAUUUAAUGAGCCUUAGCUUCCAUUUGGGGUAUUAUAACAGUUUGACUGUUCAAAAAACCCCCACAAAGGCCUACCAUUUGUAAAAGUAGACACUCCAGGGUAUCUUAUAAGGUGCAUAUUGUGCCUUAACAUGCCCCCAUUUUUUCACCAAUAUAUGCCAAAGUAUGUGGUAAAAAAAAAUUUGUGCAUUUUUUACAUACGGAUUGCAUUUUUGCUGGGCGUUUUGUAUAUUUCAUAUGUGCCACUAAGUUCAAACCCCCCAAAUUAUGCUCAGCUAAGUCUUCUGAGUAAAAUGACACCCCAUAUGAAUGUCUUUGGCACUAUUUCGUGAAGCUACAGUGCCAUAUAGGAGACCUGUCCUUUACAGUAUUCACAGUAGAAUUUUGAGAGAUGGAUUUAAUGAGCCUUGGCUUCCAUUUGGGGUAUUAUAACAGUUUGACUGUUCAAAAAACCCCCACAAAGGCCUACCAUUUGUAAAAGUAGACACUCCAGGGUAUCUCAUAAGGUGCAUAUUGUGCCUUAACAUACCCCCAUUUUUUCACCAAUAUAUGCCAAAGUAUGUGGUAAAAAAUUAUUUUGUGCAUUUUUUACAUACGGAUUGCAUUUUUGCUGGGCGUUUUGUAUAUUUCAUAUGUGCCACUAAGUUCAAACCUCCCAAAUUAUGCUCAGCUAAGUCUUUUGAGUAAAAAUACACCCCCAAUGAAUGUCUUUGUCACUAUUUUGUGAAGCUACAGUGCCAUAUAGGAGACCAAGCCAUAUCCGUUUUUACCAAACUUUGAAUUUUGACGCUGGGCCUAUGUGCAAUUUCCAAGCAUCUUCGCAGGUUUUAAAUUCAAUCUACCCCACAAAGGCCUACCAUUUCUUAAAGUAGACACCCCAGGGUGUUUCAAAAGGUAUAGUUUGAACCUUAGCGUGGGAUCAUUUUUCCGCUAGCUUGUACCAGAUGUAGUGGUAAUAAGCGUUUUUUCUGCCUUUUUGACAUACAAAGUGAGUUUGCACAGUAUAUUUUGCAAACCUUAUGUGUGCUACGACUGUAUAAUACUUCAUAUGUUGCUCAGCUAUGUCGGCUGAGUACAGCAAUACCCCCGUAUGUACCUUUGCCAGGUAUGUGUGGACAUCGGAGGGGCACAUUUGGGACACAGCCAUUCCAGUUUUUUUCAAACUUUGAAUUUUUAUGCUGUGCCUAUGUCCCAUUUUAGAGUAUUUUACCAGGCUAUAUAAUCCAAAUUCCCCAUAAAGCCAUACCAUUUCUUAAAGAAGACAUCCCAGGGUAUUUCAAAAAGGCAUAUUUUGAACCUCAGCGUGGGAUCAUUUUUCCGCUAGCUUGUACCAAGUGUAGUGGUAAUAAGCAUUUUUUCUGCCUUUUUGACAUACAAAGUGAGUUUGCACAGUAUAUUUUGCAAACCUUAUGUGUGCUACGACUGUAUAAUACUUCAUAUGUUGCUCAGCUAUGUCGGCUGAGUACAGCAAUACCCCCGUAUGUACCUUUGCCAGGUAUGUGUGGACAUCGGAGGGGCACAUUUGGGACACAGCCAUUCCAGUUUUUUUCAAACUUUGAAUUUUUAUGCUGUGCCUAUGUCCCAUUUUAGAGUAUUUUACCAGGCUAUAUAAUCCAAAUUCCCCAUAAAGCCAUACCAUUUCUUAAAGAAGACAUCCCAGGGUAUUUCAAAAGGCAUAUUUUGAACCUUAGUGUGGGAUCAUUUUUCCGCUAGCUUGUACCAAGUGUAGUGGUAAUAAGCAUUUUUUCUGCCUUUUUGACAUACAAAGUGAGUUUGCGCAGCAUAUUUUGCAAACCUUAUGUGUACUAUGACUGUAUAAUACUUCAUAUGUUGCUCAGCUAUGUCGGCUGAGUACAGCAAUACCCCCGUAUGUACCUUUGCCAGGUAUAUGUGGAUGUUGAAGGGGCGCAUUUGAGACGCAGCCAUUCAGUUUUUUUCUAACUUUGAAGUUUUACGCUGUGUCCAUGUUCCAAUUUGGAAUAGUUUAGACGGUUGGUUAUUGAGACUUCCCCACAAACACAUACUAUUUAUUAAAGAAUACACCCUGGGGUAAUUCAAAAGGCAUAUUUUGAACCUUGGCGUGGGAUAAUUUUUUCUCUAGUUUGUUCCAGGUGUAGUGGUAAUGAGCGUUUUUAAAAUGUAUUUUUUUACUUUUUAUAACUUUUUUACUUUUAAAAACUAGUUUUUAAACUUUUGUUUUGCUUAUAAAUUUUUUUUAAACUUUCCUAAACUUUCUUAAAACUUUUUUACAGAUUUAACAUUUUUCUAAGCUAUUUUUUUUACUGUUAACCCCUAACUAGCAGUACGCAGCACUAACAGUAAAUUCCCCAUUUUCCCAUAACUCCCACCCACCCCAGCUAGCAAAAUAUAUAGUUAUAAAAUAUUUAAAUUAAUUAAUUAAAUAAAUUGAACCCCUGAGGGUUAAAAAAAUAAAUAAAAGUUAAUCCUCAGGGGUUAAAAAAAAUUAGAUCACAGUAUAAUACUGUGAUCUCUAUUUGAUCGCUGUAGGCAGUGAUCGACUGGCAGGGAAGGGGUUAAUUUUUAUUUGGACUAGGUAAAGUGUGUUUUUUUUGUUUUUAUUACUUAAAUGUUAUUAAAACAUUUUUUUAAGCUUAAUUUUUAACUUUUUAAAGUUUCUUUUAAAACUUUUUUUUAACGUUAACCCCUAGUUAGCCUAACGCCAAAUCCCCCAAUUCCCCACUAACUUCCACCUACCCCAGCUAGCUAAAUAUAUAAUUAAAAAAUAAUUUAAUUAAUUAAUUUAAUUAAUUUAACCCCUGAGGGUUAAAAAAAAAAAGAAUUAACCCUCAGGGGUUAAAAAAAAAAUCAGAUCAUAGUAAAAUGUAAUCCCUGCCAAUUGAUCACUGUAGUCAGUGAUCAAUUGGCAGGGAAGGGGUUAAUUUUUUAUUAAAAUGGGUAAGGGGGGGGGGACUUUAAAUAAACUUUAUUUUUUUUUACAGCAGGGGGCAGGAUCAGCACUGAUCCGGCUCCCUGCACUUCACACAGAACCCGGAAGUGCAGGGAGCCGGUAGGUGAGUAUACAGAGCACAUGUGCUCGCUCUGACUUGUGGUCAGAGCGAGCACAUGUGCUGGGCAGCUUGACCGGGUGCUCCCGGUAUGCCUCCAAUACAGAGGCAUACCGGGAGCACCAUUAACCCCGCGAUCGCCGCGAUAGCGGCGAUCCGGGGUUAAUUUUACCGCGUGACGGACGAGGUCCGUCACCCAUCGUUAAGGGUCUCCCCUGUGUGACGGACCUCGUCCGUCACCCGUCCUGAAGGGGUUAAAACAUACAUUUAUAAAAACAUUAGCAGGUGUACAAAAGGCCCUGUAUAAUAAUAUAUGUGAGAUAACAUUAAGUGGUCUUGCUAUGCAAGAACACUUAAAGGGACACUAUAGUCACCUGAACAACUUAAGCUUAAUGAAGCAGUUUUGGUGUAUAGAACAUACCCCUGCAGCCUCACUGCUCAAUCCUCUGCCAUUUAGGAGGUAAAUCCCUUUGUUUAUGAACCCUAGUCACACCUCCCUGCAUGUGACGUGCACAGCCUUCCAUAAACACUUCCUAUAAAGAGAGCCCUAUUUAGGCUUUCUUUAUUGCAAGUUCUGUUUAAUUAAGAUUUUCUUAUCCCCUGCUAUGUUAAUAGCUUGAUAGACCCUGCAAGAGCCUCCUGUAUGUGAUUAAAGUUCAAUUUAGAGAUUGAGAUACAAUUAUUUAAGGUAAAUUACAUCUGUUUGAAAGUGAAACCAGUUUUUUUUUUUCAUGCAGGCUCUGUCAAUCAUAGCCAGGGGAGGUGUGGCUAGGGCUGCAUAAACAGAAACAAAGUGAUUUAACUCCUAAAUGACAGUGAACUGAGCAGUGAAAUUGCAGGGGAAUGAUCUAUACACUAAAACUGCUUUAUUUAGCUAAAGUAACUUAGGUGACUAUAGUGUUCCUUUAAUAAUUAAUUACAUUUGUUCUUUUUUAAAAUCCAUUUUCAUUAUUUUACCAAAUGUGGGAAAUAGGUUUCAGUUACUGGGAAGUCAACACAAAAAUAGAUAUAUGUUGCUUAAAGGAACACUGUAGGCCUAUUGCACGCGGCACUUGACCGCGUAUGUGUAUUAGCUCCGAUUGACAUAUUGGCAUUGGGGUCACGUAAGUAAAUAAAGAGUUUUAACCCUUUAUUUACCACCACGGGGGGAGCGUAAGAAAGGGGGGAGGCAGAGGGAGCUACAGUGCCAGGAAUACAGCUCUGUAUUCCUAGCUCUAUAGUAUCCCUUUAAUGUAAAAAUAGAAGUUAAGUAAAUAAUUAAUGCCCACCUUGAGCUCUUCUAUUCAGCUGACAGUAUGUAACAUGAUUGUUUAGUGAACACAGAUAAUUGUCACUCACAAUGUUCCUAUAUUGUCUGUGUCUAUGAAAAGUUUAGUGCUGAAACAGUUAAAUAGGAUUCACUGUAACGACCACAACCUCCACGUUGUGUUUAUAAAUCAAGGUUCUUAGGCAUUACUGAUCAUGUUAUAUACAUUCUCUUAUUUUUGUUCUAGAAUUCAUUGUGACUGAAGAGAACCACCUUCGUGUUCUCCGUGUACUGGUAAACUUCCAGAACUUGACAAACGGGACAUUGCUGUCUUCGGAUGAAGUGAAGCUUGUCUUUCCUAACCUUCCGCAGCUCAUUGCUAUCCACAGUAAGUUAUGGAACAUUUUUUAUUGUAUGCAGUAAAACUGAUCAAAUGCCCUAAAGUUAAGAAUUAAAAUUAAAGUCACUGAGCAAAUGGACCCUCACUUACCACAAGGGAGUGCUAACUGUUCAUGACAUCGUCCACCACAGAUUAAAUAUAAUAAUACCAAGCCAUUUGGGGAGACAAAAGGAAUUAUUUAAAUAGCUUUCACAGCUAGACCCUUGGCUGACCCUACAUUUCUGUCUGUAACCUAUAUAACUAAGUGGGCAGCCUAUCUUUGUCAGCCACCUGCCGUACGGACAUUCUAAUUAUGAGCUACUUAGGUAGGAGUAUUCAGCUCUCAGUGUUAGCAAUGGGGUAUCUUCUCCGUAAACUGCAGGCCACUGUGAUAAUUUAUCAUUAGAAUAACACAAAAUGUAGGCUAUUGUAAUUCAAUCCAAUGUGGAUAGUUUAUCAGGUGGACACUAUAAAUACUGUGCUACAGGAAAUCUUGAUCAAUCUCUAUUAUGAUGCUCACAUAUUAUCACCUUCCCUCCAGACUCCCUGCUGGUAUCCUUGAAGCAGGUACUUCUAAGUGGACCUACUGUCAAAGAAAUCGGUGGAAUCUUACAAUCCCACGUGAGUACUUUUAUUAUCAGUCAAAAAUCUGAAAUGUAGUCAUAUAAAAAGAGUUGCCUUUUUGAGAAAAGAACAACAUUGAUGGGGUAUGAGAAAGGAUGUCUUACCUGUGGAAUACUUCUGAAGUAUGUCUUCCGAAGAUACAAAUUGAGAUACAGUUUUCAUUGAUAUCAUGCGAUUUCAGGAGUCGUUCAUGCAAAUGGUGAAUCUAGAGUAUUUAGUACCGGGGUUGAGUUGUCUGCUGGAACUCCCUCAUGAGUUAACAUGUAUCUCUCAGUAAAGCCCCUGGGUGUCUCUCUUCAACCUCUUCUGAGUAUCUUUGGACUCCAUCACUCCUUGUGUUGUCUCUUCUUAACAAAGUCACACCCCUGUUUAUCUCUCAUCCUUAUGUGCAUGUCGCCUUACCACUUCAAUCCUCUGUGUGUGUCUCCCUUCAACCCUUCAUCCCCUGUGUGUCUCUUGUGACCUCCUUCAUCCCGUUUCUCACUCUGCAUUACCCUCACCUCCUUGUGUGUUUCUCCCUAAACUAUCUAAUGCCCUUUUCAUGUCUCUACUAGUCCCUUUUAUCUCUGCAACGCCCCUACCACCUUUUUGCAUUCCAGUAGUUGCCAUCAGCCUGAAUUUUAGAAUGAUCAGGUGAGAACCUGGCACAAGGUGAGCAUGCUAGGAGAGUGGAUAGAGAGGCUUGAUAUGACGCUAAGUCUCUGUGUCCUCCAAUCCUACUGUAUGCUAUUGGGUCUGAGCUGCACUAAGAGACUGUAAGGAGAAUGAAUACACUCAGGUGUGUACAAUGCAGAGACUGGAGGUAGAUUCUAUGUGCACACCUCUACUGGCUGUCACAUGUUGUGGACCCUAUCCCUUAGUAUUUCGAUAACUCUUUUUUUUACGUGAAGGAAUGUUUAUUUAUUGUCCUUAGCAGCAGACCCUUCAGAACAAAAGGGACGUUAUAAAACAAACUCUUCUUUGUUGCUCUCUUAUUCUUUCUCUGUGUUAACACCACACUAAUUCAUGUUUGUCUGGGUUGUUUAGUUUGAAAGAGCUGCAGAUGACAUUGUAAAAGAAACAGUGAAGUAUUGCUGUAACCAGAGAUCUGCACUAGAACUGAUUAAGACCAAAAAGCGCAAGAACACCAAGUUCAGGAGCGCUAUGAAGGUACUGUGCCUACCACCACAUAGAGCGCUCCCUCUAUGUUUUACCUUACACCUUCCCUCCUUUCCUGCAGGAUUUAAACCCUGGUGUUUUCUGUCCAUUGACAAGUCAGUAAUAUACAGUGCUGUAGGUUUUGUAAUGUUACAUAUUUCCUAAUAUGUCCCCAACUUCACUAGACGAUACCGGUAAAUGUCCCCAGCACAGUGAUUUGUAAUGUCAGUGGAGUUUUAUUCACCCAACAAACCUAUAACAUGACAAUGUUUUGACACCCUAAAGCAGGCUUCCCCAAACUCCGGCCCUCCAGAUGUUGCUGAACUACAACUCCCAUGAAUCUCAGCCUAUCUAUUUAAUUCAUAGAAUCAUGGGAGUUGUAGUUCAGCAAUAUCUAGAGGGCCGGAGUUUGGGGAAGCCUGCCCUAAGGUGUUUUCAUCAAACCACAAGGGUUUGAAGGCUGAAUAAAACUCAUUAUACAUUUUUAUUAGUUUGCUGCAAUAUGUUUAUCUUUUUUUCGUGCAUGCAUUUUAAAAAUAUCUUUAAUUCUCACCUUCUAUUUUAAAGCCAUACUGGUAGAUUUUAUUAUUCUGUGUUCUAAUUGCAAUAUUUUUCUUUUUUUUCUAUAUUUAUAUUUCUUGUGCACCUGUUCUUUCUCGUCCAUUAAACACAGCAUGCAGAGAGUGACCCUGACUGUAGGAAACUCCUGCUUGAAGACCUGCUUGUGUGUGAGAUGCAGCAUGUUACCAAGUAUCCUCUGCAAUUGGAGAAUAUCAUUAAACACACAGAAGGUGAGAACAUCUAUUAUCUGCUAACUUUCAUCUCUGACAAUCCCUUUCACAUUGCCCUAAUAAAAUGUCACCAACAUCUUUCCAUUAGAGGCAUCGUUAGAUGUUAACCAUUACUCAGAUUUUUAUAAUUAUUAUAAUUUAUAAAGCAACAAUAAAUUCUGCAGCGCUGCAGAAUAGGUGAACUAACAAAAAACUGUUGAAACAAGACAAGUUGGACGCACAGGAACAGAAUGUGCUGGGGGCUCUGCUCCAAUGAGCUUACUCAUAUUCCAUCAAUAUCCAUGUACUGUCUAUGGUCUUCCCAUAAUACCUCUCAUGGAACCUUAUUUACUGGGUUAUCAUACUCCAGGGUACUCUUUGUAAUAGAGACCACUGUAAAUGUUUGAGGAUUUUCUUAUAAACCAGCAUCUCUACAUUUCACAAAUCAUCUGAGAGAUUCUAUAAUUUAUCUUCUUACAGAUGGAACAAAUGAAAUGAAAGCCCUACGUCUUUGCCUGGAACGGUGCCGCGCUAUAUUGAAAGAUGUAAAUGGAUCAAUAGCUAUGAUCGAGAAUAAACAAACCCUGGCACAUAUACAAACACAUCUGGAUACAACGGCUCUGAAAAAGAGCAAGAAUCCUACAGUAGCAGAGUUUGCAGUAAGCGUGGGAGGGGAUAUUAUACUCUAUAAUUCAAGUAAGCAGGAUGGCAACUAUUAACCCAGGGGGCAGGGGUAUAAUGAUUGGGCUUUUACUGCACACAAAACUCGCAGAUCUCUGCAUGGAUGGUCUCACACCGUGCAGUUUGUCUACAGAACUGACAGAUGGAGGUUGUUGGAGUUGUAAGGCAUGACAUAAUCUAUUCCUGUAAUCUUCAUCAGUAUGACCUGCACAGUAUGAUGGAUCAUUCACAGAAAUCUGAGUGUCUAGGAGACGCAUACUCUGUUUCUUUCUAUUACAAUUAUAGCUGGCAGGUGUUAUGCAUGUACUGAGCGCUAUCUCACCUGGUCACUAAUAAACACCUCCAUCACAGUCUGGCAGCCUAGCCAACCCCAGAUAUUGCAAUCCUUCAGGAAAUAUCCUAAUUAUCCAGUCCGGGUCACGAGAGCAUAGAGAUCGCGGGUGACUAGACCGUGCACAUACCCAUACAGUCCGUGACUACCAAAGAUCUCGUACAAAUCCUGUCUGCUGCCUCACUCCUGCUAUCUUCCUUCAACAAAAAUCCCAAUUAGCAGUCCACAACCCCUGUAUGCUAGUGGCCCAGGGGCCAAUUGCCCCUCUUGCCUACCCACUCAUGGGUCAAAUAUGAUUUAAUAUAAUUAAAUAUAAUAACUUACAUGAAAAGGUCUUCACAAACAACGUGUAGACAGUGUGUGGAAAUAGAUGGCCAUGGCGUCUCUAGUGCUCAUAACUGGAACUGCACAAUAUAUAUAUAUAUAUAUCGCUUUUAUAAUGUUUAUCAAAUCAGUAACACAGACAAUUUUUUCUUAUAUCCACAGCACUUGGACCUCACUAACAAACAUUUACUCCAUGCAGGAAUGGUAACGUGGAAAAGAUCGCACAACAAAACAACUGGUAUGUACAAAGAUUGAAAGACGAAUCUACUUGUGCAAUAGUAACACUAUAUAGUAGACAGUUCAAAAAAUAUGCAGCUUUCAAUAAACCCCAAACUGAAGAGAAUUGAAAACCUUAUUGCAAAAUGUAGUCAAAAAGAGCUGAUUUGGUAAUUUUAGAGCUGAUUUGGCUAUUUUAGCUUGAAUUAGCAUUUUAUGUUGUAAAUUCAGUUAUCUGUACCACACGUGUUUUAUACAAUUCCUGAUCUGGUAAAAUAUGUUGUUAAAAUAUUUUCUCUAUAAUAAUCUUGUCAAAUUGUUUUGACAAAAAACAUCUACCACAAAAUAUUAAAUGUGCAUUUUAAUUCAUACAUUUGCAGUUUUACAUUUGCCACAUAUUAUUUGAUAAGCUAUUUGUUUUUUUAAUUCUGUUUAUUCAGAUAAAAUGUUUAUAUUUUAUAAUUAUUAUUUAAUUUGAAAUAUGAAUAGUGUUAAUUUAUUAGUAAUAUUAGAAGUAAGUGACUAAAACGAUUAGUUUAUAUUUGCUUCCUGUUGUCAUUGAUUUAACCCCAAACUCAUUGUUUCUUGCAGAGUUACAAGCUCUGCUAUUAGAAGACCUGCUUGUUCUUCUACGAAAGAAGAAAAAUAAAUUGGUUCUGAAAUGUAAAAAAGAAAGGGAUCCCAACACCAAGACAAAGAAAGUGUUCAGUCCUGUCAUCAAGCUGAACAAUCUGUUAGUCCGCCCUGUGGCAACAGGUAACUAGUCACUCUCUCCUGGAAUGGGAUUAAGUCUGUGAAUAUAGAAAUAAAAAAUAGGAUGAGACAAUGACUGUGAAUGUAGAACAAUAGAUGUAACUCUUUCUGCAUGUGAUGAUAGGAAUUCACAUCUAUCUUAAUAGAAGCUGAGGAGUGAUAAGGCCUGCCUGCAGUCAUACCAAAAUGUAGAUUACUGCAUGUUAAACAGUGGCGUACACAUGACCCACGGGGCCCCGGUGCGAAAAUUGAUCCGUGGCCCCCUCUCCCCCCCCGCGCGCGGGCCGGGCCGCAACACAUGGCGGUGGGCACCUGGUCGCAGGGGUUACAGGGCUGCGACCCCUGCGACCGCGGUAUGUAAGCCAGUGCAUGCAGAUGCACACACACUUAAAGGACCACUACAGACACCCAGAUCACAUCAGCUCAAUGAAGUUGUCUGGGUGUCAGGUCCCUCUAGUUUUAACCCUGCAGCUGAAAACAUAGCAGUUUCAGAGAAACUGCUGUUUCACUGAGGGUUAAUCCAGCCUCUAGUGGCUGUCUCACUGACAGCCGCUAGAGGAGCACACUGAAUGUCCAUAGGAAAGCAUUGAGUAAUGCUUUCCUCUGGGCGGUUUGAAUGCGUGCGCGGUCGCAUUCGGAGCUGAGAGGCUGAGGGAUCCCCAGCGCCAAGGGAGUCCGGCGCUGGAGAAAGGUAAGUGCUGAAGACACACACUCACUUACAGACGCAUACACACUAGCUAACAGACACACACAUUUACUGACAGAGACACACUCAGCGACAGAUACAUUCACACUCACUUACAAAACAUACACUCUCAUUGACAAACACAAACUCACUAACAGACAUCAAACAGACUCACUAACACACACACACUCAGUAAGACACACACAGUAACACACAAAAACACUCACUAGCAGACACACACACUAACACUCACUCACACUAACACUCACUAGCAGACACACACUAACACUCACUCUAACACUCACACACACUCUAACACUCACACUAACACUCACACUAACACUCACUCUAACACUCACUCUAACACUCUAACACUCACUCUAACACUCACACACACUCUAACACUAACACUCUAACACUCACUCUAACACUCACACACACUCUAACACUCACUCUAACACUAACACUCUAACACUCACUCUAACACUCACACACACUCUAACACUAACACUCUAACACACACUCUAACACUCACACACUAACACUCACACAUGUUUUAAAAAAAAUAAAUAUAUAAUCCCCCCAGCCUCCUUACCUUUUGGAGUGCUGGGGGGAUUCCCUGGGGUCCAGUGGUGCUGCUGGGCUGGCUGGCGGGCUGGCUGGCCGGCGCGCGAGGGAGCACUCUGCUCUGAGUGCUUCCUCUUCAGCUCCCUCGCGCGCCGCGUAGGGAUGCCGGCGCCGGAAGAUGAUGAAGAUAUGUAAUAUAUCAAAUAACUGAAACAAAAUUAGUUUUUAAGCCUGAAGUGGUUAUGUUAAACUUUGAUUGGCCAAAAGUGACAAAAGUAUUAGUGUUAACGAUACACAUUAUUACCACAGCUAAAUUAUUUUUAGCACGAAACUGGAAAACAGGGAAAAUGUUAUGUACCCAAGAAGCAAUAUCACAAAUCACAUGGCAGGUAAAAAUGGAAAAGGGCAUCUUAAUGAACUUAGGUAGCAGAUAUACCCAGAUAGAAGACUGGGAUAAUUGGAUAAAGAAAAUGGAAACACUAACUUAAUAAUCAUUCCAUUAUGGUUAAAAGUUUUUCCAAUUAAUAAUAAAACACAAGGAAAAUAAUAUCCCUAUUCUCCUUUCUUCUUCUUCCAUCUUCUCUGAAUAGUUACUAUGUGCAUAUGUCAAUUUCCUGUUAUAAAGAGGGGAGAGGAGGGGGGGAGCAGGAUAGAAUAGAGAAAAAUCAAUCCCAGAAAAUGGGGAAACAAAUGGAAUCACAAAAUCAACUAUAACAUAGUAGGCACGGGGUGUGCUCUCUCUCUCCAAAAAUAAGCAAAGAAAGAAAGAUUAAAAUAAAUAAGAUCUCUAAUAGGGUCUAAGAAAAGGGUUGGGGAGGUUUCAGGGGGGAGGGGGGAGGGGGGAAGGGUUCGGGGGGGAGGGAUAGACAGGUAAACUUUAGCUUUCUCAUUGUUUACUUUAGUUUUUUCCUAUCUACAAACGUGAAUAAAUAAAUAUUGGGGAAGAUUAAGAUAGGACGAGACUUAAGGGCAAAGAGGAGAGGAGAUAUUAAUGAUGACAAGGGUAUUAAUGCCUCAACUAUAUAAGCAACAGCUAUAACGGUCUGAAGGCACACGUCUGAAAUGAGAAACAAAAAACAAACAAAAAAACGUUGGGGGUAAUGAUAACAAACAGAAUGUAUACCUAGUGUACCAUUAUCAGCACUCACAAUCCAAAGGACAUAGUGUUAUUUGAUGCUCUAUUGACCUUUCAAUCUACUAUUUUAAUUAUUCUUCUGGAAUCCUGUGUUUAUUCCUACAGAUCAGAGAGCAUUCUUUGUAAUGGAUACAUCACUACAGUCACCCCAGCUGUAUGAAUUCAUAACAGCAUCGACCUCCGAGAAAAAUAAGUAAGAAUGACAGACAAUCACUUUUAGAUCAUUUACUAAUUUGUAUCCAAUGUUUAAAGGCUCAAUUGCUGUCAUUGGGUUUACAUUUAAUAUCGUAUAUACAAAACGGGUAUAUAAUAUCCUAAUAAUAUAUUUAGUUCAUAAUCCUACAUUGAUCAGGCAGCAAAUAAUAUAUAUAAAUAUUUACUAUUUAUAAUCUCUUUACAAACAGGUGGAUUCAGUUCAUAAAUGAAGCAACAAAAGAGGUGGUGGAAGAACCAAUCGACCAGUCCCCAGUAAUUCCCCCUAACAGGUGAGAUGUUAGUCCGUAAAUUUCCUUCUUUCCUCUCCAAACAUAACUAGUGUACCCUCCCAUUCAUACCCCCAUACUCUGCCAUUCUGAGGGGAGAACUUGCCCCGAUGCUCCACCCCUGGUACUUUGUAGCAUUACUAUCAAUGGAAUUCUAUUGUGUGAAUACAGAAAUAUAUGAUCUUGCAUAUAUUAUAAUCUUUUACAAACAGCUGUAUUGAGACGCUGGAAGAACCAGCCAAAAAGGGGAAUGGUGUACCAUCUGGGGACGCAGAAAUGAAAGCUCAUUGCCCUGUAAUUCCCUCUGUUAGAGGAGAUGUUAGCGAAGCUGAGGGGGGGUGA